AUGAGACAGCACUGCCUCGAAUUGAUGGAAAGGCACAAAGGUCGUGUAGCCAUCUUCACCGACGGAUCCACGACUCUAUCCGGGUCUGCUUCCGCAUUUGUAAUACCAGAGCACAAGACGGAAGGCAUAGCACGAUUGUCUCACAGGACCUCAUCGACGACAGCGGAGCUGGUAGCCGUACAGCUAGCCAUGACUUACCUUGCCACGCUCGAGCUGCCUGUGCAAUGGAUCGUGUACUGCGACUCUAAAGCCGGCCUUGAAGCUAUCUCAUCGUUCUUGGAAAAAGGCCGUACGGCGUCAACAGUACGAGACCUCCUGUUAGGCUAUCGCAAGUGCACCGACAUCGGUCACGACGUCAUUCUUCAGCGGAUACCUGGCCAUAUUGGCAUAAGUGGUAACGAGAAGGCGGACGAAAUGGCGAACAUCGCACACCUGUCAUCAACAGAAUAUCUUGUCACGUUUUCUAGGCAGGACAUCAAAUCUCUCCUAAAAUCUAUGACUGAUGACAUCCGCAGGACAAAAUGGCACCAAGACGACAGUGGUCCGUCACUGCUGCGCACACUAGACCCGGAGCUGAAUAUUACAAUACCUUCAAAAACGCCCAGACACAUAGAAACUCUCAUGCAUCGUUUACGCCUGAAUGUGCCCUAUGGUCGCCAGUUCCUUCAUAAAGUGGGCAAGGUGGACUCACCCAACUGUCUACUGUGCGGGACGUGGAAAACACUGAACAUAUCACCAUGCAUUGUCCAAAACAUGCUGCACAAAGAGGCAUCUUGA